AUGGGCGCAACGUUGUUAGGCGUUGGCACUGGCUCUCAAACCUGCGAAGGAUUUGUGGAAAACAGCGGUGUCCGAAUCCAUUAUCGUGCGGCAGGUCAGGGGCCGCUACUGCUGCUCCUUCACGGCUUCCCUGACAAUGGAGAGACGUUCAAGGCCCAGAUGGCGGAAUUUUCAAAGAAAUAUACGGUCGUAUGUCCAACCUUGUGCGGAUUCCCCUCGAGCGACGUGCUAGAUGACGUGGAUGCAUACGAUUUGUCGCAUGUCGUCGGCGAUAUGGUUACAAUUAUCGGCCAUUUCAAGGCUCAAAAAGUUAUUAACGGUGGCCAUGAUUUUGGCGGAGCAGCAAUACAGAUGUUGGCGAUGAUGGCACUAGACCGUAUUGCGGGAUUGAUCCUCAUCAACAAGCCUAUUGUGCCAAGGCUCUAUGAUCUAGUGAAUUUUGAUGAAGGGCAGCAGAAAAUGCCCGAGUAUACGAUCAAGUUCAUGGAGUAUCAACCAGGAAAUGAAAAGAAUAAGGCGGAUGUUGUGAAAUUUAUACGGGAUCCUGCACGUCGGCAAGCAGUACAGGAGUAUAUGCGUACCUCUCCGGUGCACGGCAUGUUCGCCUACUACAAAAAGAACUACCCCGGGCCGCCCUAUGGUCAGAAGGUCGAUACCUCCCAUAUGCGUUUCCAAGUUCCGACACUUAUAAUCUGGGGCGUGGAAGACGAAUACUUCUCUCCUAAAUUCCUUGAGAAAAUCCCGCAGUUUUUCCUUGCAGCUACCCGGCUGAAUACGUUGCCUGGAGGUGGCCAUUGGCCAUUUCAAGAACAGACGGAGAAAGUCAACCAAGAGAUCUGGCCAGUACGACUGGCUGCCACUGCGCGUUCCUCCCUCUUCAAUAUGUAG